AUGAGAUUCUCUACUUUAGCUUCCGUGGCAGUUGCCCUUGGAACUGUUUCUGCCAACUUUGCUGACGUUUGGGCCCGUGCUUUGAACGAAACUACUACCACGCUUUUUACAGAGACAUCCACCACCACCACUUCGACCACCACUAUCUAUGUCAUUCCAACUGAUGGAUCUGGCUCAGGUUCAGGUUCAGGUUCAGGCUCAGGCUCAGGCUCAGGCUCAGGCUCAGGCUCAGGUUCAGGUUCAGGCUCAGGUUCAGGUUCAGGUUCAGGUUCAGGUUCAGGCUCAGGUUCAGGAUCGGGCUCAGGAUCCGGUUCAGGAUCUGGGUCUGGUAAGGAGACAGUCACCGUAACUGUAACAGAACACGACUGUGAAACUGGGUAUGUUUCUCCUACAACUGCUGCCCCCGCAGAUGGAGUUACUUCAACAAUCACUUCCACUAUUGCUGUCACUCAUACCAUUCCUUUCUCAACAGUUGUGUCAAUCCUUGACGGUGCUGGUUCACUUAUAACUGUCGUCCCCACAUCCACCGAUUUGUACGAGACCAUCUACAGUACCGUGUAUGUGACAGUCACAAGUACCCAAAGUUCUUCUUCGGAACCAACUUUAGAACCUUCUUUGGCACCACAGUUCUCCAGUUUCUCUAACGUUACUACCGUUUACGUCUAA